CUUAGCUGGAGGUGUUGUCGGCUCAAAUACAAACACGCAGCGCACCAAAACUCCGGGCUUCGUGGCCUCGGUGCGUUGCAUGUAUGCAUUCUGAGAUGCACUCGGAUUGACCACCAUGAAUGCCUUGCCAUAAAUCUACGCACCGCUUUUACCAUGCUUCCCAUCUUCACCGUCCCCAUGUCACCAACAACGGGCACUUACUCCUCCUGCUUCUUAACGACAGCACCCUCCCCCUUCAACUGCCUGAUCAGAUCUUCCCUUGCCUCCACCUUCUCAUUUAGAAUGGCAGUCUCUCUGUUCUUGAGCUCAACAACCUCCUUUUCACCUUCCAGGUCUUUCGCAAGGGCCUUGUUCUCCACCUUCAGAACCUCGUUCUCUUUCUUCAGAGCCUUUACCUCCAUCUGAAGAGCUCUGAGCCUCCUGUGGUCAGAUUGCUCAUCUUCUUGAUCACUGGUAGUCAAGUCGAUGAAAUGGUGAGCUUUUACUGUCGAUUUCUUCCCCGAGGUCGGAGUCCAUGGGUAGUCGAAGUGCGUGUCCUUAUCUCGAUCAAUGAAAUCAUCGUCGUCCUCAACCUCCUCGGCCUUCACGUCAAUACUACCCAACAUUUCGCGCAACCCCUUCCCAUUCCCCAUCUGACUCCGUCUCUUUCUCCCGUUUCCAGCAACCUUCCCCAACCCACCACCCUCGAAGCACCUCCCUUCGGCUGUCUCGGCCAGCCACCGCUUUGUAACGCACGGCUCAGAUCCGUUCGCUCUCUCCCACUUCCGAUGAGCAUUUUCCAUGUCUCCCUCCCAGAUCCAAGCCUUGUAUGCUCCGUGCUGGCCCUCGGGUUGCCACUUGGCACAUCCCCAGUACGGGCUCUCGGGCCGCUUGGAUGUUGGACCGGCGAUGCGACGCUCAAGGGGGAGAUCACAGUGGCCUGAAGGGUUGGAUACAUGUUAGCUUUUGGACAAUCCUAAAAGAUAAUGAUGAGGCUUCGAAGGAUUUCGAGAGGUACUUGUGGAACACCGAAAGAUGGCCAACACCCCUUUUGACUCGCUUUGCAAACUUGUUAGCAAUCUUUCAAGAUAUCUCAACCAUCGCUUAAUUCCUUGAUAUUUUAUCACACUCUCCAAUCUUCCUGUUCACAGCAGGAAGAGGGUACUCACAGUAAUGGACGCCUUUCUUCACAAACGGCGGGGCUUGGGGGACAUCCUUCGUCGCGUCGCCGAAUGGCUGCCAGCAGUCGAUUUUCUGCAUGUGGGAGGCGAGACAGGGCCAGGCCACCGUUGUUGUUUUGGAGAGGGAUUGGUGGUGAGAGAGAGGUAGAUGUUGGAGAUGUGAUGUGGUGAUGUGUAUGAUGAGGGAGGAUGUGAGGUUGAAAGAAGAAAGAGGGUUUACUCAUAUAUGGGAAUAACAAUAGAAUUCCAUUCUUGAUGAUGAAGACGGCAUGCCUAGGUAGCGGUCCGUAUAGAUACACUGAUCAAGGCAUGAUCGAGAUUCUGUAAGAAAGGUAGGAACGCCUGGGCAGGCUGUUGUCAAAAGGCUGAGAUGGUUUCAUCGAUAUGUAGAGCAGAGAGAAGGCCCGAGCUAAGGUGGAUUCGUACAUCCUCGAUUGCCUCUCUGGUUGGCCAUGACACCAAGAUCUCGAAAACCUCGUGGGAUGAUCUGGGGCUGUGGGUAAACUGCGAAACCUUUUUAUUACUGAGCUCUGCGAUCUUUGAGGAACAGUGUUCAGAAGAAGAGCCUAGGGUGUCAAAUGUAUAUGCCGAGUAGUAGUAUUGAGAAUGGCAGUCAAAAAAACGAUGAUGACGAUCUAUUUUGACAAG